UUAUAGAAUAGUUUCCACUCCUCUCACCAAGUUUAUUCUCUACUAUAACUUUUCUUAGCUGAGAUCUAAUCUCAAUGGAAAAAUAUGAGAGACUAAGUGAAGAAGAAACUUAUUGGUGGAUACCAUUUAAGUUCCUUGAUCAAACUCUUAAAGCUAUCCUCAAAUGCCUUGGUCUUCUUCAUCAAGAUUCUUCACCCACGAAAACGGAGUCGUCUCCAGGGACUUCUAACCAGCCGGAAGAAGAAGAAGAGGAGGAGGAGGAAGAGGUUGUGAUGGAAGAAAACCUCACUGUGAGGAGUAGGGGCACUAAAAGCGCAGCGACGAGAAGGGGCGCAAAGCCCAAAGCAAAGAUUAAGAAGAGGGAACAGAAAAGCUCGGGCAGCCCUGGCAAGCAUCACGAUUACGAUCUUUAAUUAAUUCAUUUACAUUGCAGUCUAAUGUGUUUAAUUUACAGUGCACUCUCCAUGAUAUUUACUACUACAACUACUUAGUUUCAUUGUUAUUUGUAUUUGUUUUGAUGAAAUUAAGAACUUAUGGUAGUCCAUCAAUCUGAAUAAAACAACAUAAACCUCAUUAAAUUCCAAAAUAAUAUAUGAGCUGAAAGAAAUCUCUCAAUACAUUGUUUUAUGAAGUAUAAUAAUUGUUUUUUAAUCGUCGUCAAGUUAGGGUUGUACAAGAAAUUAUAAUAUU